AUGGCCAGGAGACUCUGUUUGUCCUUUCUGUCCCCCACCCUGCUCUUUUCCCUGCUCCUUCCUGCACUGUUGCUACUCCACCUGCCUGGUGCGGUGAAAGGGGACUGCUGGCUGAUAGAGGGGGAUAAAGGUUACGUUUGGUUGGCUAUCUGCAGUCAGAACCAGCCUCCGUACGAGACUAUCCCCCAGCACAUCAACAGUACGGUUCAUGACCUGAGGCUGAAUGAGAACAAACUCAAGGCAGUGCUUUUUGCCUCCAUGUUCCGCUUUGCGAACUUAACCGACCUCAAUCUAACCAAGAAUGAGAUCAGCUACAUUGAAGAUGGGGCUUUUGCUGGACAAGCAAACCUACAGGUUCUCCAGCUAGGCUACAACAAAAUGACCAACUUAACCGAGGGCAUGUUGAGGGGUCUGGGUCGAAUGCAGUGCCUCUUCUUGCAACACAAUCUCAUUGAGGUCAUUGCCACCAAUGCUUUCUGGGAGUGCCCAAAUCUCAGCAGCCUGGACUUAUCUUCUAAUAAGUUGGCUCGUCUUGACCCAUCUACCUUCACUGUUCUCAGCAGGCUGAUGGUGUGUGAAUUAGCUGGCAACCCAUUCCACUGUGGCUGUGAACUCUACAGCUUUCUAACAUGGCUGGAGGAGUUUAACAAUGUGACCCACACCUACGACCGUCUCCAGUGUGAAACUCCUCAAGAAAUGACUGGUUACCCACUCCUGAGUCCAGUGGCUGGACAUGGUAGAAAUGCUCGUUACGUUCUUUUAUCGAUUUGUCGUGAUGGUGUCAUUAUUCCAGGGAUGACUUCCCAGAUGCCGGAUGCAGAUGGCUCAGGGCUGGGUUUAGACAACUCAGACCAAGGUCUGAACCACCAGCCAACACCAUUGUCCACUGCUGACCCCAGUUAUAACCAUCAGAUUUCUAUGAAGCUUCAAACAGUCUCCUUCUUUACGGCUUCUGUGAUGGUGCAAAUUCCACGACCAUACAGUAAGAUGUAUAUCCUCUCCCAGUACAACCACACUUAUGUGGCAGACAUCAGGCCCCUUAAAAAUAAGAAUGAGAUAAUUACCCUGGAUAAGCUAAAGCCUCACACCAACUACACUCUUUGUGUGGCUUCUGCAAGUAAAUCUCAGCGCUACAACCACACCUGUCUGUCCUUUACCACACGGGCUAUGGGGCCAGAGGACCAGAGAACGAAUCCAUCAACAACUACCCACUAUAUCAUGACAAUUCUGGGAUGCUUGUUUGGCAUGGUCAUUGUCCUUGGAUUUGUCUAUUACUGUCUCAGGCGGCGACGCAUCCACGAAGAAAAGGAAAAAGCGAUAAGUGUGAAGAAAACAAUCCUCGAGAUGAGGUAUGGUCCAGAGGCAGCUGCUGCAGUGGUCAAUGACCCAGGCGCCAUGCAGCGUCUGCAGGAGCAGGCUCACCACCAGCAUCAUCAUUUAGGGGGAGCAGGAAGCAAGCUACCACCGUCUGCCUCUUCAAGUACAGGCAUGCUGCAUGGAUCAGCAAAUACCACUUCUUCCCGCCUCUCCACCUUGCCACAGGUAGAAAAAAUGGCGACUGCCUUCUCUGAGGCCAUGAGUGGCAAGGGCCAUUACAUGGAUGUUAGGACAACAGGAAAGGCAGGGGAAGGCAGAGAAGGGGUUGUGGCUGCUGCAGGACAAGGAGUAGCAGGGGAAGUAAUGGUUGAUAUGCUGAAUGAAGCUGAAAAUGGAACAGAGGGUGUGGAGGAUUCAGAUGAUGAUGACCGUGGCUCAGCUUCAGAGAUCUCCACCAUUGCUAAGGAGGUGGACAAGGUGAACCAGAUCAUUAACAACUGCAUCGAUGCCCUUAAGUUGGAUGCCUCAUCUAAUGUUGUGACCACAGCUGACAACAGCAACUCUACAUCCUCUUCUCAGCCUCCUUGCAUUGCAUCCCUCCCCCGCAACCUCUUGCCCCUCUCACCAGGUCACCCUGGAGAUCAGAUCAUGGCCUCUUCUCCAAAGGUGCAUCCAAAGUCUCAGUCUCAUCUUCAGCCACAAAUUCAGUCCCAUCCUCAGUCUCAUCCACAACUACAUCAGCAGCCUCACCCCCCUUCUAUGGCCCCAGUACCUCUGGUUAUGCCCUUGUCUGAACGGCCUGGCAUCAGUGGUGGUGGAUUUCUUUCCCCUCCUUACCGUGAUCCACCACCAGCUAAUGCAGCACGGCCCCUUCAAAGGCAGCUUAGUGCUGACACUAAUGUGGUAAAGAACCGCUGUGGUACUCCUGCUGCAGGAUCUGUCAAGAACACAAGAGUGUUCAGUGUGGACAUUCCUGAGCCACGCAAUGAACCACCCAAGUACCCAACAGAAAAGAACAGCCCUGUUGGUUGUGGCGGAGGAGUCGGAAAUGGAGGAGGAGGUGGUGGAGUAGGAGGGUGUAACGGGAAUGAGAAGGGAAACUUAAAUGGCGGUGGAGUGAGUUUAAAUGGGAGUGGAAUAGGGUGUACCAAUGGUAACGGGGGCGGACGUGGCGUCAUUGGCCCUGGACAGCAGCAACACCACUUGGAGGUUCAACCCGACUACCACAGCUCAGAGCACCGCCACUCCUUUCCUGCGCUCUACUAUGAGGGCGAUAACGACUCGCCCUCACCAGCCCAAAAGGCCUCUUUCCUCAAGCCACUUGGGCGUACCAAGAGGGAAGCCACAGCCACCUACUCCCAGCUGUCUCCCUCCCGUCACCACAACUACAACUCUGGUUACUCUUCCAGUCCAGAAUACUCAUCUGAGAGCACACUGCGCAUCUGGGAGCGAUUCCGACCUUACAAAAAAAGCCCCAGAGAAGAAGCAUCCUAUAUAGCAGCCGGCCAUGCCCUGCGUAAGAAAGUGCAGUUUGCCAAGGACGAGGACCUUCAUGAUAUUUUGGACUACUGGAAGGGUGUUUCUGCCCAGCAGAAGCUGUGAGGUACAAAAUCAAUCAAGUUUAAUGCCCUAUGGGAGAUUGUGA